UUUUUGGAUAACCAGGUAAGCUCCAUCUCAUUUAGCUUGUGUCUUUCCUUGAAAACUUUGUCCCAUUUUUAGUUUAAGCUGUCUAUUUCGUAGCGUGAUAGUACUAGUGUUCUGUAGAGGGUAAUCCAAUUUGAUCUGUCUUUUAUCUUCAUUCUGCUUCAUGCAUUAGCAAAUUCAGCUGCGCGUCAAGAAAAUGAGCCAUUUGAAUCAUCUGCUUUUCCUCUGCUUCAUAUGGGCUUUCAGUUUUAGUUCAGUAGCUUCUCUUUUCAGUCCUAAAGACAGAAUCUUGAUCAGCUUUGGGGCAACCAAGGAAAUACAACUUGAUGAUGGCAGAUUGUUUGAACCUGAUUUUGGAAAUUCUGUUGUCAGUUUGUCUUCUAAUUCAGACUCCGUGGUUUCAAACACUGCCUCAGACGUACCCGCUGUAUACAAUUCCGCCCGAAUAUUCACUAGGACUUCAAACUAUACCAUUAGGACUAGGCAAAUUGGACGGCACUGGCUAAGGUUACACCUUUUUCCUGUUAAAGAUGAUAGAUACGACUUGAAAUCUGCAGUUUUCUCAGUUGUGGCGAAUGGGAUUGCAUUGCUACAUGGAUUUUCCUUUUCAAAGUUGGAGGGUAGCUCCCCUAUGGUUAAAGAAUAUGUAGUUGAAAUUGGUGGAUCAAGUUCAGAACAUUUGGUAUUGACAUUGUCUCCCUGGAGUGGCUCUGUUGCAUUCCUUAAUGGCCUAGAGGUGGUCUCUGUGCCAGAUGGCCAAUUUGAUUUCCGUGCGCUUCCAGUUCCCAAGGGAUCGGAAUUUGUGAUACCAACACAUGUUGCUCUUGAGACGGUGCAUAGGAUUAACAUGGGAGGUCCACUUUUGACACCAAAAAAUGAUACACUGGGGAGAACUUGGAAAUCAGAUAUACCAUUUCUCUUGAAUGCUGCUAGUGCACGUAGUGUUUCCAAGGAUCCCAGAUUGAUCGAGUAUCCUGCUGGAGCCUCGGUUGAAAUUGCUCCUAAUUGGGUUUAUGCCACGGCCCAAGAAAUGGCAGAUGCCAAUGUAAUUGAUCAGAAGUUCAAUAUUACAUGGAUAUUUAGAGUUGAACAAGGAUUCAAUUAUUUCAUAAGGAUGCAUUUCUGCGAUAUUGUAAGUAUUGCGCUUGAUACAUUGGUCUUUAAUGUCUAUCUCAACAAUCAAUCUGCCAUAGACUCCUUGGAUAUCUCUAGCAAGACAAUGGCAUUGUCAGCUGCUUACUUCAUAGACUUUGUUCUCAAUGUUUCUAUGGGAUUAAAUCAAAUUAUUGUUCAAGUUGGCCCUACAAGUCAGGGGACUUCCCCUGCCAAUGCAAUUCUGAAUGGCUUGGAGAUAAUGAAAUUGAGCGGUCCUACUGAUAGCCUGGAUGAAAAUGUUGCUGCGAGUCCAACUGGUUCAAAGAUGCCAAAGCCUAACAGGCAUGUGAUGUUAAUUGCCUUCGCUUGCGUAGGAGGAUUGGUAGUUUUGCUACUGAUCUUAGCUGCUACUUUUAUCUGUUCCCGACGGCAAAAGAAGCCGAAGCAAUAUUCACUGGCAUGGUUAUCUUUUCAAAUGGGGAACUCAGAUACUAAAAUUUCGGCAGGUAGUUUUGCUUCAUCCACACCUUCACUUGGCUUGGGGCGUGUUCUGGCUUUCUCUGAGAUUCGUGAAUCUACAAAGGACUUUGAUGAGAGCUUGGUCGUUGGUCUGGGUGGGUUUGGCAAAGUCUACAAAGGAGUGCUGGACAAUGGGGUCGUGGUUGCUGUCAAGAGGGGAAAUCCAAAAUCUCAACAAGGACUAAUUGAGUUUAGGACAGAAAUCGAGAUGCUUUCUAAACUUCGCCACAGACACCUGGUAUCUCUUAUAGGUUACUGUGAAGAACUGAAUGAAAUGAUCCUUGUCUAUGAGUUCAUGGCUGGAGGACCCCUUAGGAAGCACUUGUAUGGAUCAGAUCUUCCUCCCCUUUCAUGGAAACGAAGACUGGAAAUAUGCAUUGGAGCUGCAAAAGGACUGCAUUAUCUUCACACAGGAGCAGCAGACAUUGUCAUCCAUCGAGAUGUCAAAACAACCAACAUAUUGUUGGACGACAAUUUCACUGCAAAAGUGGCAGAUUUUGGUUUAUCAAAACUUGGACCUACACUUGAUCAAACUCAUGUAAGUACUGCUGUGAAGGGAAGCUUUGGAUACCUUGAUCCUGAGUACUACCGAAGGCAGCAGUUGACAGAGAAGUCUGAUGUUUAUUCUUUUGGAGUAGUACUCCUGGAGGUUUUGUGUGCUCGGCCAGCUAUAAAUCCUGCACUUCCCAGAGAGCAAGUAAAUAUUGCAGAAUGGGCAAUGCACUGGCAGAAGAAGGGGCAAUUGCAGAAGAUAAUAGAUCCCCUUCUCAUUGGCUCUAUUAGCGCAGAUUCACUUAGAAAAUUUGGUGAAACAACAGAGAAGUGUUUAGCUGAGUAUGGAAAUGAAAGGCCAACAAUGGGAGAUGUUCUGUGGAACUUGGAGUAUGCUCUUCAGCUUCAAGAGGCUUCUGCUCAAUCAGUGCCAGAUGAUAAUAGUGCAAACCACAUCCCAGAGGUACCAGGAUGGAUACCUCGUGUCGAGUCUGUUGACAGUGAUGACAUUGACAUUGUCAGCAACCAAGAAUCUGAUGCCACCACUUCUACUGGAGUGUUCUCCCAGCUGAUAAAUCCAAAGGGUAGAUAAGGAGAGAUCUGAACUACUUCAGCUGCAUAACUAAAUAUGUUCAUUUCUCUACAUUUGCUGUUUCAAAUGUAAGAUUUAGCUUGCAUAGGUUAAGGAAGUAGCUAUCGAUCUUUAUCAUUAUAGUAUACGCACAUACAUUCAUCUCUUUGUGGAUCAAAUGAUAGUAACUUUUGAUUGAUAGCUGAGAACUUCGUAUUAGAUUCUGAAUUGAACCCCAUUUG